AGCCCGAUGUGGGACUCGAUCCCAGGACUCUGGGAUCAUGACCUGAGCCGAAGGCAGCUGCUUAACGACUGAGGCGCCCAGGCGCCCAGUUUUGCCCCUUUUUAAAGGAAACUGCUCCCUUGUAUAGCAAAACCGGAGUUCAAAGCAGUCUGCUCUUCACAGCCUUUCUCCCAAGGGAACUGACAAAUGGUUUUCUUAGAUCUUGUAGCUCUUUCUUGUGAAGCCUGGUGCCUGCCCUUCUCUUAGUGUGCAUCCUCCUCUGUGCUGGGAGGAGGGCCUGAUGGGGGCUGUGCGUGUCGGGCGCCGAGGGGACCUCUUCAGUGCUGGGGAGACAACUGCCAGGAUCUUGAAGAAUGGUGUGGACGUGUGAUUUUUGGAUGUAGCUGGGUGUGAAGAGGCCAAGUUGGAGAUUAUGGAGUUUGUGAAUUUCCUGAAGACUCCCAAGCAGUGUCAGGGCUUAGGAGCCAAAAUUCCAAAGGUGUUGAUUCCAGAGAAUGUGAUAGUGCCCUGAGCUUCCGGUCAGAGUCAGACCUCACCGUGGUCCAGUGUGGACAGACACGGGACCACUUAGCUUUCUGUAGAGAUUGUGUGUAAUCACGGGAAGCAGCAUUUGCCAGGGCAGAAUGGUGACGAUCCUCUUACCUGGUUGAAACCACAGUGAGUUUACUUUUUUGAACCGUGAGACUGUAGAGUCCUGGGAACAGUACGGACCCAUGUUGAGAGGUAUGUUCGUGUUCACUGAAAGCACAAGCUUAUGCCCUUGAGUGGUCUUCCAUUUCGAGGCUGGUCCUUCCUUCCAGUUGGUUCCAGUGAUGGGGAUCUUCUGUUUGUUAAAUGUCCUGCAUAAACAUGUUGUGUACAGUUUUGUUCCUCUAAAUGAAGUGAGAACUUAGAAGCAAAGCAAACUGAAUGUAGAACCUUCUAUAUUUUUAUGAGUUUUUCUUACUCUUAGAGUUUUCUCACUCAGUUUGACAGUUUUGGUUUUUUUUUUUUAGCAAUUUGCCUUUAUUGCUUUAUUAUCCAAAGCCUUCACCUUAGUUUUUGAAGAAGCAACCUUUUUUUUUCAAUUCUUGUUUUAUUAGUUUACAUAAUGUUAAAUUACAUAAUUAAAACAGCAAAUACAACUUGCGUAAAAAGGUUUGGGGUCAGAUACAACUGCCCCGUGGUAAGCCCUUGACCAUGCUGUGGACGGCAGUGUGGUGUGGGUGGGGGUCAGGGUGUGGUAUAGCGGAAGCAGAGCUGGGUGAUUCUGGCGGCUGGGUCUGCCUCCUGGUGCCUUUUUGUGCCAUGGACCCUUUGGAGGCCUGACAAACUGGGAGUCCUUUUCCCAGAAGGAUUUGCACCUUACUGGAAAUCGACUCACAAAUCCGUUGGUCGUCCCUGGACUGUGGACCAGGCGAAGAGCUCCUAGUGUAGACUGUGACCCUUGCAGGAGCUCUUGCUUUCUUCAGCUCCUCCCCACAGGGUGGUCGCCCCUGGACAGUUUGUUCUGAACACCAGGAACAGCUGUGGACCACUGUGAGCCUGGGGACUGGAGGUUGGGUGGUGCCGUUUCUGGUCUGUAGUCUGGCGAGUGUUAGCAAGCGUGUGUGCAGCAGAGGUACAGCCCCGCCCCAGCCCUGCUGCUGUUCACCUGGCUUUCCCUUGCAGGAGGUCCAGCUGCGUGUGUGUUCGGAGGAAAGUGGGCGGGGCGGGCAGGUCACCAGGAUGCGACCCCCCAGCUGGGCGGGGGCUGGGCGGGUGGGGGGGUGUCUGUCAUUCUGUGUGGUGCUGAGGAUGUCAGGGCCCACAUGGCUUUUCAGCUCCUCCUGGGUGUGAAGUUCAGUGACUUCCUAAAACGACCCACAGUAGAUAUGAGCACAUGUGCUUCCUCUUCUAGAAGAAUCGGCUGUGCGUGUGGUUCCACGACGGGUGGAGAUGGAUCACAGUGGACUGUGAAUCCCUAAUCCACGUUCAUGGGGACAUGGGGUCCAACACCUUGUUGUGGGUUUGAGUUCCGUGACUCCCUCUCCCCUACCUUUUUGCGCCCCUGACGUCACAGGCAGGUCCUCCGUCUUCAGGGUCCACCUGCGCCCACUGAAGCUGGACAGGAGCCUAUAUAAGGAUGCCCUGGCAAGAAAGCUCAUGAUGCUCACUUUGGGCUUCACGGAUUGUGUAGUUUGGGCUGAAUGAAAAGCUGGGACAGGUGUCCUUUGACUUCCCCCGCGACAAGGCGAGAUGCUGGUGGAGAAGCUGCACAGUGAGGCCACUGCCCAGCCCAUAGAUGAGGAGGUGCUGACCUGGUGCCGAGAGCAGGUGGACAAGGCGCCCAAGAAGAAAGGGAAGAAAGGAAAAACCAAAGGUACCCCGAUUGUUGAUGGGCUUGCUCCGGAGGACAUGAGCAAGGAGCAGGUGGAGGAACAUGUCAGCCGCAUCCGCGAGGAGCUGGACCGUGAACGUGAGGAGCGCAACUACUUCCAGCUGGAGCGGGACAAGAUCCACACCUUCUGGGAGAUCACGCGGAGGCAGCUGGAGGAGAAGAAGGCCGAGCUGCGGAACAAAGACCGGGAGAUGGAGGAGGCUGAGGAGAGACACCAGGUUGAGAUUAAGGUCUACAAGCAGAAGGUGAAACACCUGCUGUAUGAGCAUCAGAACAACUUGACGGAGGUGAAGGCCGAGGGCACCGUGGUCAUGAAGCUGGCGCAGAAGGAACACCGCACACAGGAGGGCGCACUGCGCAAGGACAUGCGGGCGCUGAAGGUGGAGCUCAAGGAGCAGGAGCUGACCAACGAGGUGGUGGUGAAGAACCUGCGGCUGAAGCACACGGAGGAGAUCACCAAGAUGCGGAACGACUUUGAGAAGCAGGUGCGAGAAAUUGAGGCCAAGUAUGAUAAAAAGAUGAAGAUGCUUAGGGAGGAGCUUGACCUGCGGAGAAAGACCGAGAUCCAUGAGGUGGAGGAGAGGAAGAACAGCCAGAUCAACAUGCUGAUGCAGCGGCACGAGGAAGCCUUUACGGACAUCAAGAACUACUACAAUGACAUCACCCUCAACAACCUGGCCCUCAUCAACUCCCUCAAGGAGCAGAUGGAGGACAUGCGCAAGAAGGAGGACCACCUGGAGAAGGAGAUGAUGGAGGUGUCCGUGCAGAACAAGCGCUUGGCAGACCCCCUCCAGAAGGCUCGCGACGACAUGAACGAGAUGCAGAAGAAGCUCAGCAACUACGAGAGGGACAAGCAGAUCCUGCUUUGCACAAAAGCACGUUUGAAGGUCACCGAGAAGGAGCUGAAGGGCCUGCAGUGGGAACACGAGGUGCUCGAGCAGCGGUUCCUCAAGGUGCAGCAGGAGCGGGACGAGCUGUACAGGAAGUUUACUGCGGCCAUCCUGGAGGUGCAGCAGAAGGUGGGUUUCAAGAACCUGGUUCUGGAGCGGAAGCUGCAGGCACUGAGUGCUUCUGUGGAGAAGAAGGAGGUGCAGUUCAGUGAGGUGCUGGCGGCCUCCAACCUGGACCUCGCGGCGCUGACCCUUGUGUCCCGCAAACUGGAGGAUGUUCUAGAAUCAAAGAACAACACUAUCAAGGACUUGCAGUAUGAGCUGGCCCGGGUCUGCAAGGCCCACAAUGACCUGCUGCGCACCUAUGAGGCGAAGCUCCUGGCCUUUGGGAUCCCUCUGGACAACGUGGGCUUCAAGCCUCUGGAGACGGCUGUGAUCGGGCAGACGCUGGGCCAGGGCCCUGCAGGGCUCGUGGGCACCCCGACCUAGUGCUUGCCCAGGACUGCUCCCUGGAUGACCUUCCCUUUCACCAAGGACAGGAACUGUUUUUUUUUUUAGAUUUGUAUCAUCUACAAAUAAAGGUUUUCUACAUUU